AUGAAUUCCUAAAACCCUAAUCUCCUUUACCUUCAUCGAACAGAACGGCCACUUCAACGCUCAUCUCUCUCAGGUAAUUUGUGGCUGCAGGCUGUCCUAGGCCGAUUCCUGAAUCUCGAAGAUGCCGUCUCACAAGACCUUCAGAAUCAAGAAGAAGUUGGCGAAGAAGAUGAGACAAAACAGGCCUAUUCCUCACUGGAUCCGCCUGAGGACCGACAACACCAUCAGGUACAAUGCGAAGAGAAGGCACUGGCGCCGCACUAAGCUCGGAUUUUGAGGUGUUUCUCUUGUGAUUUGCUCUUCAUCCUGUUUUUAACCUAUUUAAGUGUUAGUCAUGAAGAAGACAAAGGAUAUAGAGCUAGAUAUUUGAAUUUUUGCCUCUCGGUUAAGAACUUAUUGAAGAGAAACUCAUGUAGUCUUUAGGCUUUUACUUAUAUGUUAAAUUUAUAUCUGGAGUAAAGUAAUUUCAAUUCUUAAGUUAAUAUCGUGCUUAUUUCAUUUAAGUUUUUCCUAGUUCAGUUUGGUGCCUUUCUUCUCAUGCGAGUGCGGAGUUUAUUCUGGUCUUAAUUGUUCGAAUAUUCAUGUAGACACUAGACAGAUUUAUAAAUUGUUCUUCUGGCUGUGUAUUAUUA